AUGGGCAACAUCAGAGACUUAUUCAGCAACCUGGGUUCGAUCAGACCGAUCAACCUGCUUAGCAGGGCUGCCGAUACGCCACGGCGCAACAGCUCGACAAUCAAGGAUUUGUCGUCGCCCCAGCCGGGCGCGCCUAGCCAAACCCACACCAGCGCCUAUUUCGCUCUGCCGCAGUCACAGUCAGAAACGUCUGCAGCGACUCCUCUCUCCCGCAAGAGAUCUUUCGACACCGCCACGGUCGUUAGCGACGGCUCGCAAUCUCAAAGGACGCAUAAAUCAGGCUCCCGUUCUCUAAAUGCCAACAACGUGCCUGAGCUUCGCAAUCUACCCGGAUAUGGACGGCAGUCUAGAUCAAAGAAGAGACCUCGUUAUGGCUAUAGCUCGUCACCGCAGGGACUCGAGCAGGACCCAAUCGCCAUCGAGGAUGGCUUGGAGGACGAGGUCCAGCUGGUGCCGUCCCAAGACCACCAGGGACCCAUGGACCCGAUAGCUCUGGAUCGGAUAGGAAAGAGGUUCCGAGAACGGAUGUCACCACGCCAGAACAAGGUGGAUCUGACCCGACAGAUGUCGGACGCGUCCCCAACUAGGGAAAGGCACAACCGUUUCAGCCCCGACCCGCUCGCGCACACCGACGAAGACUUCAAGAUGGGUGCUAAGCGACGAGCUGCCACUACCCAAGCUCCGAUGCGUGGUGAUAUUCGUCCACAAAAGUUCGUCAGUCACACCAAAGGUCACGCUGGGGCACUGAGAUCGCAGAAUCCAUCCACUGCUACAGCUUCGGCAUUAGAGGCUUCGAAACGCAUAAUCGGAGAGGGCCUGCAGCUUCGCCGAGCGGUUUCUGGCGAUCAAAUGUACGAUGAUGCUACUGAGCCCGACGAUCAACACCUGAUCCUUAGCCUGAGCAGCCUGAGCUCCAUUCUCCACCCGAAAAAUGAGGACGGCGGCGACCUGGAUCAAUAUGGAUGGUGUACCAUCAAUCUUGGGAAGGCAUCACGAAUCCACAGAACUAAGGAUGAGAACGAUUCUCAGUUUGUGUGCAUUGCCAGGAGCAGCGAUGCCGCGUCCUCUUCUGCAGGCCUAAUCACACUCGAGUUUGCAUCGUCAGAACAUCACGUGGCUUUCUUGAAGUGGUGCGAACAAUACCGUUUGCAGCACUCUAACCAGCUUAGCAAUGUGAUCGUGUCGAGGCAGAAGCUCGAGGGCACAUUCAGCCACAAUUGGGCCGAGGCAGAGAAAUUCAAGCUUGCUCGGGCUUCCACGAAACGUGGCCGCAGCCCAGAUGAUCUCAAGGUCAUUGAGCACAACAUGGCCAAGCGGAACGCGAUAUCGACGAGAGCAACCGCAGCAGAAGUAGAGAAGAGACCAAAGAUGAGAGAUGCGAUGUCGGUUGAUGCAUUACCAGCCAAGUCAAGCGAUGCGUACGCAGUCCUAGCUGAAUCGCCACCAUGGACAAAGCGUGUGAACAGAACCACGAGAUCAACAUUCGUCCCAAGGGACCUGUCACCCACGCCACCAAGUGCUCCAUCGUGGACGUCGCAAAACCCUGCCUGGUCUGAGCGGUGGCGCAACUCCGUUGUCUACCCAGCGACUGGCAAGAAUCGUGCGGUCGUCGACAAAGCUGAUAUAGAGCGGUUGAAUGAGGGCGAGUUUCUGAACGACAACCUCAUCAUCUUCUAUCUACGAUAUCUUCAACACAACCUCGAGCUUCAGAGAAAAGACCUCGCUGAACGGAUCUACUUCCACAACACAUUCUUUUUUGAGCGGCUGAAACCCACUAAGAGUGGCGCGGGCAUCAACUAUGAAAACGUCAAAGGGUGGACCAACAAGGUAGACCUUUUCAGCAAGGACUUUAUCGUCGUGCCUAUCAAUGAGUACGCUCACUGGUAUGUUGCCAUCAUCUGCAACGCCCCGAAACUCGUCGAGCCAGCAACCCAAGAGCUGGACGGAGCCGAGAAGGUGGAAGGAGAUGGCAAGGAAUUAUCCGAAGUGCGUCCAGAAGAGACCGAAUGCAGCAAAAAUGACCGGUCUUCCAUCGAGAGAGUCGUCUCAGAUGUUGUGGAUGACGGUGAGGCAGAGCUUGCAGCAAAUCUGAGCCGGAUUCAAGUGAGAAGUCCCGAGACAACACCAGCCACCACGGAGGCGUCGAUGAAAGAAUCGUCACUGCUCAAGAGCCCUGCACGACGGAAGAAGUCAAGCAAACGACAGAGCAUCGGGCGCCGCUACGACCCCACGAUGCCGCGGAUCAUUACUCUGGAUUCUCUGGCCUCUCCCCAUUCCCCGGCAUGCGGCUGGUUGAAGCAGUAUCUCAUUGCAGAGCUGAAGGAUAAGAAGAAGAUCGAGGUUGCCGAUCCUGGCUCACUAGGGAUGACAGCACGCGAUCUCCCUACGCAACAAAACCAUUGUGACUGCGGCCUCUAUCUCCUCGGGUACAUUCAAGAAUUUCUGGAGGACCCGGACAAGUUUGUGCGCAGUAUCAUGCAACAUGAAUAUAUCGAUUGGAAGCUCGAUCCGUCCGCCCUUCGGCAUGAUAUCCGAAACCUGCUAUUUGAUUUGCAGGGAGAGCAGCAGAAGCAGGAAGAUGCGGCGGCGGAAGAGCGCAAGAACAGGAAGCGAGGAGCUUUAAAAGCUAAACCACAACACACCGACGAGAUAGGCAAGACAAAGAAAGACGAGGAGAAAGCGGUGGAACCCGUUCUUGACAGUCCCGACCCUCCCCAAAGGCCAAAUUCAUCGGCUGAGCCAGGUCCGGCGCCAGCAGCUGAAACCGUUGACGCCUCGCUGCUAUCGCGUCCUACGGGGGAAGACUUCCAGGGCCCCGGUAGAGCAGAUGGUUUCCUGGUAGACGAGCGAUUGGGCACGGAUCCGCAGGAGUCGAUCGAGGAGAUUCCCAACACACCAGGUAUGAACGAGCGAAGACUCGGUCACGAACUCACCGACAAAGUUGUGGAUAUUGGGCAGUCUUUCGUUCCGUUGCUGCCAGACUCGUCAGAAGAGGACCCUUCACCACCUUCCAAAGAGCAAUCAUCAGCACGCGACGAGACCGAUGAACGUCAUGCUGCUGCCAGUGCUGUGGGAGAGGCUACUUCACAAGCCGAUGAGAAUGAAGAAGCCAUCUUACCAUCUGUCGAAACGAACUCUGCGAGGCCAAGCCCCGAGCUUCACUGUGAGAGGGGAUCGGGUGAGCAAUCGAGGAAACUGAGCCGCCAUUUUGCGGGUAAAAGGCCUGGCGAUCAGCGAGGACGCGCCAAGGUCCGGCAGGCUCAAGUCGAAGAGCAGAAGUCGGUCAUUAGUCUCGACUCGGAUUAG